AUUACAGGCGAACGACUCAUUCAGUAUGCUAGUGAAAAUCUAGUCACUGAGGUUUUAAUACAUCCUCAAUAUAAUACUCUUAUACAAUGUAUGCGUAAUAUGCUUAGCAGUUUUACUCGUCAUCGUCAUAUAAUCCAUGCCGGUUAUACAUUUUCUGGCAAUGGUUCCUGGAUACUACAGGAUGGAACCUUUUCGGUUGGCGAUUUUUCUGAAGCAUUUCAAGAGCAUGAUGUACAAAGAGUCAUACGCGCCUAUGCAGACACUAUAUCAAUGAAUAUACAUUGCGCUGACAGUGGUCUGUGGCAUACAUUGCCCGAUAAGAGCUUUGCUCGUCUAUGUAAAAUACGCAUCAAUCCUGUUGAUGUUUUGGACACCAGCAGUGAGAGCAUUAAUGCUUUUAUAGACUAUCUUGCUCCCAUGUUGGUACCCACCUCCAUACGUGAACUACUUGAGACCUCGGAUGUUGUGGGUAAUAUACGCUUUACACAUCCCACUCUAUAUGUCUUCCCUGGCGGCCAAGGUGAUGCUGCCUUAUUUGGCAUUAAUGGUUUUAAUAUGUUGGUCGAUGGUGGCUUUAAUCGCAAGGCUUGUUUCUGGGAUUUUGUCAGACACCUCGACCGUUUGGAUGCUGUUCUUAUGACUCGCUUGAACAAUUCAAAUAUCCAGGGUCUGAGUUCAGUGGUGGAACGUAAACGUGAUGCCCAUGUCUAUCCACAGAUUGGCCACUUCUUUUGCAAUGUUCCCGAUCGCAAGGGUGGUUUACCUAGUCCCGAUGGCGACAAAGAUCGUAAUCCCUUAUUAGUGGAUCUCUUCGAAAGAGGCCACAAUCUAGUCAGUGAUCUCAAGUCAUUGGAUCUUAAACCACAAACUUGUUUCCGUGCUCCCGAGCCCAUUAAUCUUUAUCACAAAGUUGGCCAUGGUACUUUGGAUAUGUAUGUCAUUAGUCCUUCUCGCGACUCUAAAGAAGUGAAGGAGUUUAUGCAAAAAUGGCACUCAGGCGAUCAACGUUUAUUUGCUUCACGUGACUCCCGGGAUUUUAAUUUUCCCUUACAAAAUCUGGUAUCCAUUUGUGCUCUCUUGGUUUGGCAGCCUGCAAAUCCCGAUGACUCCAUAACACGUAUACUCUUCCCUGGCAGCACUCCCGACUUUAAGAUCCAAGAAGGUCUGGAGAAACUUAAACAUUUGGAAUUUAUGAAGCAUUCCACAUGCACUGCCAAAUCUAUAGCACCUGCCAUACAAACUGUGGUAACCACACGUAAAACUCUCAAGUCUGCCCUCGAGCCGGCUGCGCCCAUUACUACCAAGCCCUCGAAAUUCAUGCCAGUGGCUGCAGCAGCUGUUGCCGUACAACAGGACAACAAAAUGAAAGAAGCCGUGGCUUCUUCAGCCGACGAAGACAAAAUCGAAAAAAUCUAUCAAGAAGAGGAAAAGCACUUACCUCUCAAGAAAAAAGAAGACUCCGUGGAGACUGAUGAACAAGCAGUAGAAACUGGAGAUGAAGCUUUACCGGAACCUACAGCUGACACCGCCAGUAAGGAUGGUGAUCAAGUUGAUGGUGAACAGGUAGAAGACAACAAAGAAACUACAGAGAAGAAGGUGGAAGUUGUAAUUGUUAAGCCACAGCCUCAAGCACCACCUCCUGCCAAAGAAAUCAUUGAAACCGCUGAACCUAUUAAACCAGCCGCUAAAGCUGCAAAGGCCAAAGCGGAAAAACCCAGAGCUGAAGUUAAGCCCUUGGUAAGAUCUCGCAUUGACACUAGGCCACCCAAGUCAUUGGAACGUAAAGUUGUCAAGAAAGAUUUGGCCGAAAAAAAGAGCUCACCCACAGCCACACCACGUAAACAGGAUGCCGCCAAAACUGCUACUAGAGAAGUCAAAUCCAAGAUUAUGACCAGAGCUGCAAAGGCUAGCCCUAGCAGCACUCCAGCCAAAAGUACUAAAGAGGCCAAUAAUCGCAAGGUUUUGGAAUCAAAACAACAAACUAUUAGACAGACUACAACUACUACCUCCAGACGUGUCACCACCACUGCUGAAAGAAAAGCUGCUGAACCACGAAAACCUAUAUCGCGUCGUCCUCGUGGUGCCUCACCCUCAAAACGUGCUCCUGGUAGUCCUAUUAAGGCUGCUAAGCCAAAGGUGGCUGAUAUGAAGAAAUCCAGACUAGAUAAGGGCGGUACUACCGACUCCAGCUUGGUGUCCACACCUUCGGCUGAUGAGCAAGCAGCUGCCAAAAAACUACAAGAUUUGACUGCUUCCCAAGAAUUAGAUGCUGAAAAACAACGUGAACUCGAUGACCUUAAAGAAGAACAAGAAGUCGUUAGAGAAAUUGAGGCAGUUUUCAGCCGGGACGAAAUGAAACGUCAACAGCAAAUUAAAGCUGAAAUAAGGGAAGUUCCCAAACAAGACAGCACAACAGAAGCCGAUGAAGAAGAUGAAUAUUUGAUUAUCGAAAAGGAAGAAGUAACCGAAGAUUCUAUGGUAGAGAGCAGCAUGACUAAAGAAGAAGAAAUACAGAAGCAUCAACGUGACUCACAGGAAUCUGAAAAGAAACGCAAAAAGAGCGCUGAAGAAGAAAUUGAGGCUGCCAUUGCCAAGGUUGAAGCCGAAGAACGUAAAGCAAGAUUAGAAACAACUACAUCUGCUGACAGAAAGGACGAGGAAGAAGAGGUAGCCGAAGAAGCUGAAGAAGCAGCAGAAGAAGAGGAAGAACCUGCUGAAGAAGAAGCCGAUAAAGUUAGUUCACCCGUUAAAACUGAGCUCAAAGCAGAAGUCCAAGAUAUUAUUACUGCAGCUAAAGACAUUGUUAAAUCCAAAACAGACGAACAAUUGGCCAAAACUGAUGAAGAGCUUUCUUCUGUAACUCCUGAAGAAAAAAUAAGCAGUGCUAAGAAAACUUCAGAUACCAAAGAUGAUUUAGUGGGCAUACCCAUUGAACCUAUACCUGCCAACUUGCAAGAAAGUCUUCCCGAAGAGAAAUUCUCAGCCACCAUUGAAUCAGGUGCAACUACCGCUCCAACUCUACCCGAAGAUGAACGUAUACCCUUAGAUGAAAUUAAAGAGGAUCUGGUAAUUGAAGAGAAAUAUGUCAAAGAAGAAACGAAAGAAAUUGACGCCAUUGCUGCAGUCACAGCUGUUACAGCGGUUAUGCCACCUUCUGAGCCCAGUGCUGAACCAAAAGAGAUUCCUAUGCAAAAUAUCACUGUUGGUCUUGCCACUGCUGAACGUGUUCUUCCCAUGAAAAUGACCUUUGAUGCUCAACAGAAUCUUAUGCGUGAUGUUGUUAAAACUCCAGAUGAAGUUGCUGAUUUGCCAGUUCAUGAAGAAGCUGAUUUAGGUGUUUACGAAAAGGAUGCACAAGAGAGUGGUAAAUCAAUUUCCCAAAAGGAGGAAUUGGCCAAAGAAGAAAAAGAAACAGAGGAAAAAGAAAUUGAACAACCAACAGAAGAACAGCAAAAAGAAAUAUCUGAAAAGGAAAAAACUCCAUCACCAACAGAAAAAAUUGCAUCACCUGUUGAAAAGGCACCAACACCUACUGAAAAGCUAGCAUCUCCUGUUAAAGAAGAAGCAAUUGAAGAAACAGCCGAUGUAGCAUUGGUAGAAAAACCCGAUUCACAAAUUGCUGCACUUCCUACAAAAGAAAUAAAGGAAAGUACUGAAAAGCCAUUAGAAGCCACUAAGGUUUUGGAAUCUAAAGAGAAGAAAAAAUCUGUGAGUUCACCAGAUGAAAAAGAAAUUAGCGAUAUAACCUCUGAUGAUGAAGUUCCCGCUCAAAUGCCAACAUCUAAAGCUCCUGAAAAACCAAAAGAACAUGACGACACUGUCUCAGUAGACAGUCCACCUACUAUAGAGGAAGCUAUUGAGGUAGAAAUUCAAAAAUCACUACAAGCCAGCCGUAAAGCUUCUGCUGAACCCAAAGAAACCGAAGAGAGAAGAAAAUCUACCAUUUCUGUUGCCGAGAGCAAAAAAGAUGAAAAAUCUCCAGUAGAAUCUAAGGAGCCUUCACGUAAAGCUUCAGUUGCGGAGAGUGAAAAAGGAAUUAAAGAAGAAGAAAAAUCACCUGCUGAAUCUAAAGAGGAACUUGAUGAAGUUUCUCGUAAAACAUCAAUUGCAGAGAGCAAGAAGGAUGAAAAAUCACCUUCUGAAUCUAAAGAACCUUCACGUCCAGUAUCUGUUGCUGAAAGUGAAAAGGAUAAAAAAUCGGCUGAGGUAUCUAAGGAUGUUUCGCGAAAGGCAUCCAUUGCCGAUAGCAAAAAAGACGAAAAAUCACCUGUUGAAUCCAAAGAACCCUCACGUCCUGUUUCUGUAGCCGAAAGUGAAAAAGAUAAGAAAUCACCAGAAGAGUCUAAAGAUGUUUCACGAAAACCAUCAAUUGCUGAAAGCAAGAAAGAUGAAACAUCACCUGCUGAAUCUACAGAACCUUCCCAACCAGAAUCUGAAGUCGUUAGCGAAAAGGAUAAAGCAUCUCCCAAGAAAUCGAAAGAAUCGUCACGUAAGACAUCAAUUGCUGAAAGCAAAGAAGAUGAAAAGUUAUCAUCAAAGGAACCCUCACGACCAUUGUCGGUGGCAGAAAGUGAAACAGAUAAGAAGUCAAUAGAAGAAACAGUAACUGAAAUUAAAAUGGAUACAGCAACUGGUAAACCCGCAUCAAUUCCUACUAGCGAAAAGGACAAAGAAUCACCAGUAGAAUCAAACGAACCAUCACGCAAGCCAUCAAUUGCCGAAAGCAAGGAAGACGAAAGAUUAUCAACAGCAUCUAAGGAUACCUCACGGCCAGUAUCUGUCGCUGAAAGUCAAGCAGAAAAGAAGUCUCUUGCAGAAUUAGAAUUGUCUCGCAAAACAUCAGAUGCUGAAUCAAAAGAAAUUUCUCAGCCCGAAUCUGUAGUCGAAAUUGAAAAAGAUAAAGCAUCGCCUGCAGAGUCCAAAGAACCAUCGCGCAAGUCUUCAAUUGCAGAUACUAAAAUGGAAGACAAAUCACUUGCGAAAUCAGAGGAGGACGUGGAUGUUACACGCAAAGCAUCUGUAGCGGAUAGCAAAAAAGACGAAAUAUCUCCUGAAGAAUCGAAAGAAGUUUCUCGCCCCGCUUCAGUCGCUGAAAGCGAAGCAGAUAAACAAUCAAUUAAAGAAUUGGAUGUUUCUCGUAAAACAUCAAUCGUUGAAAGUAAGAAAGAUGAAAAAUCGCCAAUCGAAUCCAAAGAACCUUCACUUCCAGAAUCUGUUACUGUCAGUGAAAAAGAUAAAACAUCGCCCAUGGAAUCUAAAGAACCUUCUCGACCAGUAUCAAUUGCCGAAAGUGAAGCUGAAAAGAAAUCAAUUGAAGAACUGGAAACAUCCCGUAAACCAUCAAUUGUUGAAAGUAAAAAGGAUGAAAAAUCACCAGUUGAAUCCAAAGAACCUUCACUACCGGAAUCUGUUGCUGCAAGCGAAAAGGAUAAAACAUCCCCAGUAGAAUCUAAAGAGCCCUCCCGACCAGUAUCAGUUGCCGAACGUGAAGCUGAGAAGAAAUCAAUUGAUGAACUGGAAACUUCACGUAAACCAUCAAUUGUUGAUAGCCAAAAAGAUGAAAAAUCUCCAGUUGAAUCCAAGCAACCUUCACUUCCGGAAUCUGUUGCUGAUAGCGAAAAAGAUAAAACAUCGCCUGCGGAAUCAAAGGAAACCUCACGACCAAUAUCAGUUGCCGAAAGUGAAGCUGAGACGAAACCAAUGGAAGAAAUUGAAACUUCUCGUAAACCAUCAAUUGUUGAAAGCCAAAAAGGUGAAAAAUCACCAGCUCAAACCAAACAACCUUCUCUUCCGGAAUCCGUUGCAGCUAGCGAAAAAGAUAAAACAUCGCCCGUGGAAUCUAAAGAACCAUCACGACCUGUAUCAGUCGCCGAAAGUGAAGCUGAGAAAAAAUCAAUAGAUGAACUGGAAACUUCUCGUAAACCAUCAAUUGUUGAAAACCAAAAAGAUGAAAAAUCACCAGUUCAAUCCAAACGACCUUCUCUGUCGGAAUCCGUUGCUGCUAGCGAAAAAGAUAAAACAUCGCCCGUGGAAUCUAAAGAAACCUCUCGACCUGUAUCAGUUGCCGAAAGUGAAAGUGAGAAAAAAUCAAUUGAAGAACUGGAAACUUCACGUAAAUCGUCAAUUGUAGAAAGCCAACAAGAUGAAAAAUCACCAGUUGAAUCUAAAGAAGCUUCACAAGCUGUAUCUGUUGCUACUAGCGAAAAAGAUAAAACAUCGCCUGUGGACUCUAAGGAACCCUCACGACCGGUAUCAGUUGCCGAAGAAAGUGAAGCUGAGAGGAAAUCAAGCGAAGCACUUGAAGCUUCACGUAAACCAUCAAUUGUUGAAAGCAAAAAAGAUGAAAAAUCACCAAUUGAAUCUAGAGAAACUUCAUUGCCAGUAUCUGUUGCUGCUAGUGAAAAAGAUAAAACAUCGCCUGUAGAAUCAAAAGAACCCUCAAGACCAGUAUCUGUUACCACAAGUGAAAUGGGUAAGAAAUCGGAGGAAGCUUCCGAGGAUGUGUCAAGAAAAUCUUCCAUUGUCGAAAGCAAGAAAGAUGAAAAGUCUCCUGUUGAAUCCAAGGAACCUUCGCGACCAGUAUCUGUAGCUGAGAGUGAAGCAGACAAAAAAUCUCUUCAAGAGUCUAUAGAUGUAUCAAGAAAGGAAUCAAUCGCUGAAAGCAAAAGAGACGAAAAAUCUCCCGCAGAGUCAAAAGAACCCUCACGACCUGUAUCUGUUGCCGAAAGUGAAAAGGAUAAAGAAUCUGAGAAAGCUACUGAGGAAGUGUCACGAAAAGCAUCUUCUAUUGAAAGCAAGAAAGAUGAAAGAUCUCCCGUUGAAUCCAAGGAACCUUCCCGACCAGUAUCUGUUGCUGAAAGUGAAGCAGACAAAAAAUCUCUUGAUGAUUCUAAAGAUGAAUCACGAAAGGAAUCAAUAGCGGAAAGCAAGAAAGACGAAAAAUCUCCUGCAGAGUCGAAAGAACCCUCACGUCCAGUAUCUGUUGCCGAAAGUGAAAAGGAUAAGAAAUCUAAGGAUGGUUCUGAGGAUGUGUCACGAAAAGCAUCCAUUGCCGAAAGCAUGAAAUAUGAAAAAUCGCCUGUUGAUUCUAAAGAACCCUCCAGACCAGUUUCUGUCGCUGAAAGUGAUGCAGACAAAAAAUCCGUAGAAGGGUCUAAAGAUGUAUCAAGAAAAGAAUCGAUAGCAGAAAGCAAGAAAGACGAAAAAUCUCCUGAAGAUUCUACUGAACCAUCGCGACGAGAAUCUGCUGUUGAAAGUGAAAAGGAUAAUAAGUCUGAAGCAGAUUCCGAGGAGAUUUCACGAAAAGCAUCCAUUGGUGAAAGCAAGAAAGAUGAAAAAUCUCCUACGGAAUCUAAGGAACCUUCCCGACCAACUUCUGUCGCUGAAAUUGAAGAAGAAAAAAAAUCUGUUGAAGACUCUAAAGAUGUAUCAAGAAAGGAAUCAAUCGUUGAAACCAAGAAAGACGAAAAAUCUCCUGUAGGGUCUACCGUACCUUCAAGACCAGAAUCUGUUGAAAGUGAAAAGGAUAAGAAAUCUGGGGAAACUUCCAUAGAUGUUUCACGAAAGGCAUCCAUUGCUGAAAGCAAGAAAGACGAAAAAUCUCCUGUAGAGUCUAAGGAAUCUUCACGACCGGUAUCUGUUGCCGAAAGUGAAAAAGAUAAGAAAUCUGGAGACGAUGAUGUUUCACGAAAGACAUCCAUUGCUGAAAGCAGGAAAGAUUAUGAAUCUCCUGGAGAAUCUAAGGAACAUUCCCGGCCAGUUUCUGUCGCUGAAAGUGAAGCAGAAGUGAAAGAUGUCUCAAGAAAGGAAUCAAUUACAGAAAGCAAGAAAGAUUAUGAAUCUCCUGGAGAAUCUAAAGAUCAUUCGCGACCAUUAUCAGUUGCUGAAAGUGAAGCUGAUAAAAUAUCAACUGAAGAACUGGAAACAUCACGUAAACCAUCAAUUGUUGAAAGCAAAAAAGAUGAAAAAUCACCAGUUGAAUCCAAAGGACCUUCACUACCAGAAUCUAUUGUUCCUAGCGAAAAAGAUAAAACAUCGCCUGCGGAAUCUAAAGAACCCUCACGGCCUGUAUCAGUUGCCGAAAGUGAAAAUAAAUCAAUUGAAGAAACUUCCCGUAAAACAUCAAUUGCUGAGAGUAAGAAAGACGAAAAAUCGCCAGUUGAAUCUCAAGAUCCUUUACUACCAGAAUCUAAAGAACUCUCACGACCUGCAUCUAUUGCCGAAAGUGAAGCUGAGAAAAAAUCACUUGAAGAACAGGAAACUUCCCAAAAACCAUCAAUUGUUGAAAGCAGAAAAGAUGAAAAAUCACCAGUUGAAUCCAAAGAACCUUCACUUCCAGAAUCUGUUGCUACUAGUGAAAAAGACAAGACAUCUCCUAUGGAAUCUAAAGAAACCUCACGACCUGCAUCAGUUGCCGAAAGUGAGACUGAGAAGAAAUCAAUUAAAGAACUGGAAACAUCACGUAAACAAUCAAUUGGUGAAAGCAAAAAAGAUGAAAAAUCACCAGUGGAAUCCAAACAACCUUCACUUCCGGAAUCUGUUACUGCUAGCGAAAAAGAUAAAACAUCGCCCGCCGAAUCGAGGGAACCCUCACGACCUGUAUCAGUUGCUGAAAGUGAAGCUGAGAAGAAAUCAAUUGAAGAACUGGAAACUUCCCGUAAACCAUCAAUUGUUGAAAGUGAAGCUGAGAAGAAAUCAAUUGAAGAACUGAAAACUUCCCGUAAACCAUCAAUUGUUGAAAGCAAAAAAGAUGAUGAAUCACCAGUUGAAUCCAAAGAACCAACACUUCCAGAAUCUGUUGCUACUAGUGAAAAAGACAAGACAUCUCCUAUGGAAUCUAAAGAACCCUCAAGACCUGUAUCAUUUGCCGAAAGUGAAGCUGAGAAGAAAUCAAUUAAAGAAAUGGAAACAUCACGUAAACCAUCAAUUGGUGAAAGCAAAAAAGAUGAAAAAUCACCAGUGGAAUCCAAACAACCUUCACUUCCGGAAUCUGUUGCUGCUAGCGAAAAAGAUAAAACAUCGCCCGCCGAAUCGAAGGAACCAUCACGACCUGUAUCAGUUGCUGAGAGUGAAGCUGAGAAGAAAUCAAUUGAAGAACUGGAAACUUCCCGUAAACCAUCAAUUGUUGAAAGCAGAAAAGAUGAAGAAUCACCAGUUGAAUCCAAAGAACCUUCACUUCCAGAAUCUGUUGCUACUAGUGAAAAAGACAAGACAUCUCCUAUGGAAUAUAAAGAACCCUCACGACCUGUAUCAGUUGCCGAAAGUGAAGCUGAGAAGAAAUCAAUUAAAGAAAUGGAAACAUCACGUAAACCAUCAAUUGGUGAAAGCAAAAAAGAUGAAAAAUCACCAGUUGAAUCUAAACAACCUUCGCUUCCGGAAUCUGUUGCUGCUAGCGAAAAAGAUAAAACAUCGCCCGCCGAAUUGAAGGAACCCUCAAGACCUGUAUCAGUUGCUGAAAGUGAAGCUGAGAAGAAAUCAAUUGAAGAACUGGAAACUUCCCGUAAACCAUCAAGUGUUGAAAGCAAAAAAGAUGAAGAAUCACCAGUUGAAUCCAAAGAACCUUCACUUCCAGAAUCUGUUGCUACUAGUGAAAAAGACAAGACAUCUCCUAUGGAAUCUAAAGAACCCUCACGACCUGUAUCUGUUGCCGAAAGUGAAGCUGAGAAGAAAUCAAUUAAAGAAAUGGAAACAUCACGUAAACCAUCAAUUGGUGAAAGCAAAAAAGAUGAAAAAUCACCAGUUGAAUCCAAAGAACCUUCACUUCCAGAAUCUGUUGCUGCAUCGCCUAUGGGUUCUAAAGAACCAUCACGACCAGUAUCUGUUGCUGAAACUGAAAAGGAUAAGUUUUCUGAGGAAGUUUCUGCGGAUGUUUUACGAAAAGCAUCCGUUGCCGAAAGCAAGAAAGACGAUAAAUCUCCUGUAGAUUCUAAGGAACCCUCACAACCGGAAUCAGUUGCCGAAAAAGAAAAAGAUAAGAAAUCUGAGGUAGAUUCUGAAGAGAUUUCACGAAAAGCAUCCACUGCGGAAAGCAUGAAAGAUGAAAAAUCUCCUGUAGAAUCAAAGGAACCGUCACGACCAGUUUCUGUCGCCGAAAGUGAAGCAGACAAAAUAUCCGUUGAAGGGUCUAAAGAUGUAUCACGAGAAUCGUUAGUAGAAAGCAAGAAAGACGAAAAAACUCCUGUUGAGUCUGAGAAACCCUCACGACCGGUAUCUGUUGCCGAAAGUGAAAAAGAUAAGAAAUCUGAGGUAGAUUCCGAGGAGAUUUCUCGAAAAGCAUCUAUUGCUGAAAGCAAGGAAUCUUCUGUAGAAUCUAAAGAACCUUCUCGACCAACUUCUGUCGCUGAAAGUGAAACAGAAAAAAAAUCUGUUGAAGGCUCUAAAGAUGAAUCAAAAAAAGAUUCAAUAGCAGGAAGCAAGAAAGACGAAAAAUCUCCUGAAGAAUCUAAAGAACCGUCGCGACCAGAAUCUGCUCUUGAAAGUGAAAAGGAUAAGAAAUCUGAAAUAGAUUUCGAGGAAAUUUCACGAAAAGCAUCCAUUGCUGAAAGCAAAAAAGAUGAAAAAUCUCCUACGGAAUCUAAGGAACCUUCCCGACCAACUUCAGUCGCUGAAAGUGACGCAGACAAAAAAUCCGUUGAAGGGUCUAAAGAUGUAUCAAGAAAGGAAUCGAUAGCAGAAAGCAAGAAAGACGAAAAAUCUCCUGUAGAGUCUAAGGAACCCUCACGACCGGAAUCUGUUGCCGAAAGUGAAAAAGAUAAGAAAUCUGAGGAAGCCUUUAAGGAUGUUUCGCGAAAAGCUUCCGUAGCCGAAAGCAAAAAAGACGAAAAAUCCCCAGUAGAAUCUAAGGAACCUUCCCGACCACUUUCUGUCGCUGAAAGUGAAGCUGGCAAAGAAUCUGUUGGAGAGGCAAAAGAUGUAUCAAAAAAGGAAUCAAUUGCAGAAAUCAAGAAAGACGAAAAAUCUCCUGAAGAAUCUAAAGAACCUUCGCGGCCAGAAUCAGUCGAGGAAGCUGAAUUAGACAAAAAAUCUGUUGAAGAUUCUAAAGAUGCACCACGAAAGGAAUCAAUUUCAGAAAGCAAGAAAGUCGAAAAAUCUCCCGCGGAAUCUAAAGAACCUUCGCGUCCAGAAUCUGUCGCGGAAAGUGAAGUAGACAAAAAAUCUGUUGAAGAUUCUGAACACGUAUCACGAAAGGCAUCAAUUGCAGAAUACAAGAAAGACGAAAUAUCUCCUGCAGAAUCCAAGGAACCUUCCCGACCAGUUUCUGUCGCUGAAAGUGAAGGAAGCAAAAAAUCAGCUGUAGAAUCUAAAGAUAUGUCUCGAAAGGAAUCAAUCGCAGAAAGCGAAAAAUCACCAGUUGAAUCUAAAGAAACUGCCGUAGUAUCUGCAGAUGACAAAAAGGAUGCAGCUAAAGAACCUUCACCAACUGAGUCUAAAGAAGUGUCUCGUCCUGUUUCAGCAACAGGAAGUUUCGAAGAUUCUGAACAACAGUCAGUUAUCGAAGCUAAACAAGAUGAUAUUACAAAAUCUCCAGUUUCUGCCAAGGAAGCAAAGAAAGAAACUGUUCAAAAAGAUUUCGUUCCUGAUGCAACCAAAAAAUCUCCAUCUGCUGAAACGAUUUUACGGCCAAUAUCAAUAGCUGAAUCCAUAAUUUCCGAACAAAUUUCACCCUCUCAAUUUGAAACUGUUUCCUCACCAGUGGAUGAAGCACCUAAAGAGCCCAAAGAAGAUCUUAAAGCCAAAAAGGAACAAUUUACAAUUGAACUUAAAGAUAUCACUACAACCGGAAAAUUACCAACAACAUCCAGUCCAGUAGAUGUUGCUGAAGGAGAUUUUCCUGUAGAAGCUAAACAAAAAGUUAAAGAUUUGGAACAAGAAACAAAGUUUGCUGUAACCGAUACAGUUUCUACUCCCAUUGAUGAAGCAAGCGAACUUGAAAUAGACGUAGCCGUAACCGAAACUAUUUCUCCUAAACCUUCUGCUACUGCUAGCCCUAAAGAUGAAGAUUUUACUAAAUCUAAAGAAUCAUCACGUCCAGAAUCAGCAGCAGCAAGUGAUAAAGAUAAACCUAUUGGUGUUCCCGAUGAGGAUAAAAAAUCCCAUUCACCUAAAGAAAUGCUAGACAUGGGUAAAGUUUUACCUUCUCAAAUCGAAACUGUUUCUUCACCAGUUGAUGAAGCUGCUAAAGAUUUGACGGAAGAUAUUAAAACCAAGAAGGAGCAAUUCACUAUUGAACUAAAGGAAUCAGCCGAAACUGGUAAGCUACCAACAUCAUCAAGUCCGGUUGAUGUUGCCGAAGGUGAUUUUCCAGAAAAAUCCAAAGAACAAAUACACGAUUUAAAAGAAGAAACUAAGUUUGCCGUAACCGAUACUGUUUCUACUCCUAUUGAUGAGGCUCCAGAAAUAGCUAAAGAAGCAGGAAGUGCUAAAGAUGAAGCUGAAUCUAAGGCAACUUCACGUAAAUCUUCGAAGGAAGAGGUCACAUCAAAGUCUAAAGAAACUUCUCCUACUGAUUCUAAGGAUGAUGAAAGGAAAUCUCCAUCCUCUCCUAAAGAUGUCACUAUUUCGAAAUCUGUUGACACAGAUAAAGUUUCAACCUCACAAAUUGAAACCGUCUCCUCACCAGUUGACGAGGCUGCUAAAGAAUUAAUAGAAGACAUAAAAGACAAAAAAGAACAGUUUAUAAUUGAUAUCAAAGCCACAGCUCAGGAAGGACAACUACCCACAACAUCCAGUCCUGUCGAUGUUGCAGAUGGCGACUUCCCACAAGAAAUUAAACCACAAGUACAAGAUUUGCAACAAGUAACCCAGUUUGCUGUUACUGAAACUAUUUCUACGCCAAUUGAUGAAGCGCCAGAACUUAAAGAGGUACUUGAAAAGGAAUUUGUUCAAGUUGAAGCAAAAUUAACUGAACAAGAUUCCAAAACUGAGGCUAAACAAGAAGUCAAAGAAACUAUUACAGAAAAAGUUGAUGAAGCUAAAACUGAAUCUAAGGGUAUAUUCGGUACAAUCACCGGAUUUGUAAAAGACGUUAAGGAUAUUUUCGCCAAGGAAACUGAAACAGUUGUCGAACAAGUUUCCGAACAAAUGGAAGAUGUCAAGCAGUCUGUUGAUAAACUUGUAACAGAUGUUAAGGAAUCAACUGAAGAAAUUACCAAAACUGUAGCAGAUGCUGGUAAAACAGUCGUCGACGACAUCAAAGAAACAACUAAAGACAGCCAUAAGUUUUCUUCAGUUACCGAUGAUCAACUUCAUGAAUCAACUGAAAUUGAAAAACUUAAAGAUUCAUCCCACACUUUAAUUGAUUUUUCACAAAAACUCGAAGAACUAAAAGAGUCUGCAACUGGUUUGGUAAAAGAAGAAGUAGAAACAUCGCACACUUUCCCAGAAACAACUAUAAAAUCUACAGUACCCGACCAAAAAGACAUUAAAGAUUCACAUGAAGAAACUGCUUCAGAUAUCCAUGCUUCUGUAGACUUUUCACAAAAACUUGAAGAACUAAGAGAAUCUACAGCUAGUUUAGUUACAGACAUAGUGGAAACCACACACACCUUCCCAGAAACAACUAUUAAAUCUACAAUAUCCGAAGUAAAAGAAUUUAAAGAUUCUGUAAAGGAGAAGAUUGAAGAAACAGCAACAGAUGUCCAAGCAUCUGUAGAGACUACCGUUCAAAAAGCUACCGAAACAGUCGAGGAUAUUAAAAAAGAUGUAACCGAAACUAUUAGCUAUAAAGUAACUGAACUCAAGGAAGAAAAAGACAAAAUCGUUAGCGCCGUUGAAGCCGAAAGCAAGUCAGCAUUGAAAACUACAGCAGAUACUUUAGCUGAGAUCAAGGAAACUACUGUAGAUAUGACAAAAGACGUAAAGGAAUCGAUUACAAAACAAACUGAUGAAAUUACUAAAGAUGCCACCACAACUGUAGCGGAUGUUAGAACAGCUGGCCAGACAUUGAUUAAAGACUUACAAAAAGAAGUUUCAACCACUCUUACAGCAAUUACUAAAGAUAUUGAAAAAUUACUAGAUACUAGCGUCAAAACUUCUACUGAAGAGGAACAACAGGAGGAAGUUGUUGAAGAAGUAAUCACAAAAAGCGUAACAUCUUUAACUAAAGAAGCUCCCAGUAAAGCUGAAGAAGACACUGUUGGCUUUACCUCAGAACUAAGAGAAACUCAUAUUACAACAAUGGAUUCACCUGAAUUGAAAAUUACAAUUACCGAACGCGAUGAAGCUGCCGUAUUGCAUGAUAUUAAGGAAGAGGAAGAAGAACAUCAGCGCAUCUCACCUCCAACAGAAGUGGGUCAAAUUUUGGCUGAACCUUUGCCCAUCAGACCUGUAUCACCCAGAGAAGAAGAAGUCUUUAAAAUUGUCGCUGAUGUUGCAAAAGUUUUGAAAUCCGAAAAAGAUAUUACAGAAAUUAUACCCGACUUUGAUGAAAAAGAACUGGAAGAAAAACUCAAAUCUUCAGAUGAGCUGGAAGCUGAAUCGACAACUGUACAAAGAAUGUUAGUUACUGCCAGUAGUGAAGAUGGUGGUGAGGAAAUUGAAAUUUGUCCCAAAGGUUCUAUACAAUUCACUCCAGCUACCAUUGCAGAAGGCGUUUCCGAAAAAGAAAAGCCUGUCUUAGACAAGGUUCCUGCAACAGAAAUUGAAUCAGAAAAAUCAUCACCCGAUCUUAAAUCUUCAGGACCAGUUUCGAUCGAAGAGAAAGAUAAGAUAGAAAUUUCGGAAAAAAUGCAGCUCAAAGAACUUAGAGGCAAAGAUAUCGUGGCAGAUGAGUCCACUUCUAGCAUGGAUCUUGAAUGGAGAAGAGAAUCGGCCAUCAGCACAUAUAGCGAAAAGGAUUUGACAAGGGAUGAAGAUACAUAUGAUGAUAAACAAGACUUCCCAUCUAGUCCAUUGGAAGACAAAGAAAAACCCGAAACAAAAUAUACUCAAGCUGAAGCAGUCGCUGAAUUACCUUGCCUUGAACAAAAAGAUAUUUCCCGACCCGAAUCCACAGUUUCUUCUAAGGAGGAUGAAAAAUCAGUAGUGAAAGAUGUUGAAUCACGUAAAGAAUCUGUGGCCAGUCAAAUUAGUGUGAAGAGUGAAGAAGAAAAAGAAGCAUCUCGUCCAGAAUCUGUAGCCAGCAUUAAAGCUGAUGCUGAAAAAGAAUCAUCACGCAAAGAAUCCUUGGUAUCAACUACAGAAGAAAAACCAGAAUCAAGACGAGAGUCUGUUUUAUCGGUAGCUGAAAGCAAAAAGGAUGACAAAUCUCCCGUGACAGAAGAAAGAGAAGCUUCACGCCCCGAAUCUGUAGCUAGCCACGUCAGCACUAAAGCUGAAUCAACUGCAGAAGAAAAACCAGAAUCUAGACGUGAGUCUGUCUUAUCGGUAGCUGAAAGCAAAAGGGAUGACAAAUCCCCAGUAACAGAAGAAAAGGAACCAUCACGUCCGGAGUCUAAGGCCAGCUCCAAGGGUGAGGCUGAAAAAGAACUAUCACGCAAAGAUUCUUUAGUUUCUACUACAGAAGAAAAACCAGAAUCUAUACGUGAGUCUGUCUUAUCGGGAGCUGAAAGCAAAAAGGAUGACAAAUCUCUUGUGUCAGAAGAAAAGGAACCUUCACGUCCGGAGUCUAAAGCCAGCUCCAAGGGUGAGAUAGAAGAAGAACCAACCCGCAAAGAAUCCCUAGUAUCAACUACAGAGAAAAAACCUGAAUCAAGGCGCGAGUCUGUCUUAUCAGUAGCAGAAAGCAGAAAAGAUGAUAAAUCUCCAGUGACAGAAGAAAAAGAAGCUUCACGCUCCGAAUCUGUAGUUAGCCACGUCAGCACUAAGGCUGAAUCAACUACAGAAGGAAAGGCAGAAUCUAGACGCGAGUCUGUCUUAUCAGUAACUGAAAGUAAACAGGAAGAUAAGUCUCCAGUGACAGAAGAAAAGGAACCAUCACGUCCGGAGUCUAAGGCCAGCUCCAAGGGUGAGGCUGAAAAAGAACCAUCCCGCAAAGAUUCCUUAGUUUCAACUACAGAAGAAAAACCAGAAUCAAGACGCGAGUCUGUCUUAUCGGUAGCUGGAAGCAAAAAGGAUGACAAAUCUCCAGUGUCAGAUGAAAAGGAACCUUCACGUCCGGAGUCUAAAGCCAGCUCCAAGGGUGAGGCUGAAAAAGAACCAUCACGCAAAGAAUCCAUAGUAUCAACUACAGAAGAAAAACCAGAAUCAAGGCGCGAGUCUGUCUUAUCAGUAGCAGAAAGCAGAAAAGAUGAUAAAUCUCCAGUGACAGAAGAAAAAGAAGCUUCACGCCCCGAAUCUGUAGUUAGUCACGUCAGCACUAAGGCUGAAUCAACUACAGAAGAAAAACCCGAAUCUAGACGUGAGUCUGUUUUAUCGGUAGCUGCAAGCAAAACCGAUGACAAAUCUCCAGUGUCAGAUCAAAAGGAACCCUCACGUCCGGAGUCUAAGGCCAGCUCCAAGGGUGAGGCUGAAAAAGAACCAUCACGCAAAGAAUCCCUAGUAUCAACUACAGAGGAAAAACCAGAAUCAAGGCGAGAGUCUGUCUUAUCGGUAUCUGAAAGCAAAAAGGAUGACAAAUCUCCACUGACAGAAGAAAAGGAACUAUCACGGCCAGAGUCUGUUGUAUCAGCAGCCGAAAGUAAAAAGGAUGUUUCGGAAGAAAAGGAACCUUCACGUCCAGAAUCCGUAGCCAGCCAUGUCAGUUCCAAGACUGAUGCUGAAAAAGAUCCUUCUCGAAAAGAAUCUUUAAUAUCAGUCGCUGUGUCAGAAGAAAAGGAAUCCUCACGCCCAGAGUCUGUUGUUAGCACUAAGAGUGAAACUGAAAAAGAACCAUCACGUAAAGAAUCACUAAUUUCAAGCACAGAAGAAAAAGAAAUUAUAAAAGAAGAUAAAUCUUCUGCCAGCGAAGAAAAAGAACCUUCACGCCCAGAAUCUAAGUCUAGCUCAAAGGACAGUGCUGAAAAGGAAGCAACUCGAAAAGAUUCCGUAAUCUCUACCACAGAAGAAAAAGUUGAAUCAAGACGCGAAUCUGUCCUAUCAACAGCUGAGAGCAAGAAGGAUGAAAAGGAAUCAUCUCGCCCUGAAUCUGUAGCAAGUCAUGUCAGUACUAAGGGAGAAGUGGAAAAAGAAUCAUCACGCAAAGAGUCUUUAGUUUCAGUAGCUGAUAGCAAGAAGGAUGAAAAAUCUCCUAUAACUGAAGAAAAGGAAGUUUUACAUUCAGAAUCUGUAGCCAGCUCUAAGGCUGAUGCUGAAAAAGAACCAUCACGCAAAGAGUCAAUGAUUUCAACCACCGAAGUUGAAUCAAGACGUGAAUCCGUUUUAUCAACUGCCGAUAGUAAAAAGGACGAACAAGCUACAGUGACUGAUGAAAAGGAAACUUCUCGCCCAGAAUCUGUAGCCAGCCAUGUUAGCUCAAAGGUUGAAGCGGAAAAAGAACCAUCGCGCAAAGAGUCUGUAAUUUCAACCACUGAAGAUAAACCAGAAUCUAGACGCGAAUCUGUUUUAUCAACCGCCGAUAGUAAAAAAGAUGACAAAUCUUCUGCUUCCGAUGAAAAGGAAGCUUCUCGUCCUGAAUCUGUUGCUAGUCAUUUAAGCUCAAAGGGCGAAGCUGAAAAGGAAACAUCACGUAAAGAGUCUUUGAUUUCUGUCACUGAAGAAAAAGUAGAAACUAAAUUAGAAUCAACAUUGACAGCAGUUGUAAGCAAAAAGGAAGAAUCCCUGAUUCCACAAGCAAGUGAAAUAACUGAAAGCAAGAAAGAGGAAGAUACAUCUGCCUCUCGUCCAGCCUCAGUUGCAAGUCAUGUUAGUUCAGAAUCUAAGAAAGAGGAGGACAAGGAUGCUUCACGUUCCGUUUCAGUUACCAGUCACACAAGUCUGAAGAGCGACAGUGAAAAACACGAACAAGAAGCUACAGAAAAGGAGUCAGUAUCUACUGCUGAUGCUGUAGAGUCUAAACGUGAAUCCAUUGUAUCUACCACCGAAAGUCAAAAAGAUGAAACUAAAGAGACAUCCCGCCCUGAAUCUGUUGCCAGCAGCACUGACAAACAAGAAGUCAGAAAAGAAUCUCUGAUUUCAAGUACCCAAGAUGUGCAUGAAUCUAGACGGGAGUCCUCAGCCGAAAGUAAAACAGAUGAUAAAUCACCACUAAUCGAAACUCAACAACUAUCACGGGCCGAAUCUGUAGCCAGCCACAUUAGUUCUAAGAGUGAAGCUUGUCAAGAGAAAACUAUUGCAAGUAAAACAGAAGAAACUGAAACUUUCAGUGUCAGCAAGGAAUCGGCAGCACAAAUUGAAACCAAAAAAGAAUCAACUUCGGAAAAGCAGGAAUCUAUAUCAGAAAGUAUAACAGCCUCCACCGAAAUCACAAAGGAAUCUAAAACAACAGUAUCAGAAGAUAAACAACUGUCAGUGGUUGAAAGUAAAAAGGAUAUUAUUUCAUCCACAGCUAGCUCAGCCAGUGCUAAGGAUGAUACACAGGAAAUUGUAACAACAAUAACAGAAACAAUUACCACACAAAUAGUAGAGAGUAAAAAAGAUGACAAAUCAUCCACCGCUAGUCAAGCUAUUUCUAAGGAUGAUAAACAGGAAACUGUAACAAAAACCACGACAGAAGUUAUAACCAGCCAAGUGGUCGAAAGUGAAAAGGCCGAUAAAUCGUCGACAGUUACAGAUGACAAAAAAGAAACAAUAACAGAAAAAAUUACCACCCAAGUGUUGGAAACUAAACAAGAUGACAAAUCAUCAGAGACUAGCAAAGCCACAUCCAAGGAUGAUAAACAAGAAAUUGUAAAAACAACAACUGAAAUAACCAGCACACAAGUUUCCAGCAAAUCAGAUGAGAAAUUCGCUAAACUUUCUGAAGAAAAGAAAGACAGUCAAGUAAAGGUUACCGAAAGCGUUAAGACUACAGUCGUUGAGAAACCUGUGGAAAUUAAAACCUUAACCGAAACAUCUACCACAUCGUCCACUACCAAACAAACCGCCCAAGAAUUAUUAGAUGCUACUACCAAAGAGAGCAAAACAACUGUUACUGAAACAACACGUGUCAUAAGUUCUCAAUUGAUCGACUCAUUACAUGAAGAAGACUCACGCAGUGAAUCGGUCAGUAGCAGUGUUAAAGUUGAAGAAGGUUCUCUACGCGAAUCUUUAUCCGAAAAGGAAAUAUCCCGUUCAACAGAAACAAAAGAGUCUAUCGAUAGAACCGAACUGCUAACACACGCCGAAGAUUCCCAGGCUUAUUCGGAAGAAUGUUCUUCGGAAUCUAUUGUUAGUGAAAUUCAAACAUCUGCCAUGAGCAAGGCCGAAAAGGCUGAAACCAGUAAAAUGUCUUCUACUUCGGAAACAUCAGUUAAAGAGAGUCUAAAACAAACCGUUGAAGAAUUCUUAGCAACUGAGAAAAUAAUUUCCACUAAGGAAAUCAUGAGUACAUUUGAUAGCAUUAGCAAAGCCAAGACUGCCAGCUCAGAAUCGCGUCGCGAGUCGACCCUAAGCCAGACUAGUGAGGGACGUCAGACUCACAGCGACCAAGAGGACGAUGAUGAAGACGAUGAAGCCACCACUCAUAUUAAAGAGGGACGUUCAAAGUCAAUCGCCAGCAUAAUGACCACCAGCAUCUACAAACCAUCCAAAGAAGUAAAGGUUAGCGAAACUUUGGGAGAAGAACUAGAAGAAUUUGCCAGCAAAGAGAAAUCACAAAUUAUCAAAGAAUCCAUGACUUUGGCUCAAUCAUAUGAACAUGAAUUAUCCGACCGCAAAACACCACCUACUGCCCCUGUUAGUCCUGGUAUAAUGAAAACAACCAUUAGUGGAGUGAGUGCAACCACAGCUGUUGCUACAGCUUCAGCCUCUACCACAACAACCAGCACAACAAAAACCUUUAUAACUGAUACAACAAGCAGCACAACAACACACAGUGGUCCUUUAUCGCCUAGAGAUAUCAGCGGUAAAUCCAGCCCCGGAGGUCUAACAUCCGAAAGUCAAUCCAUACCCACACCCAUGGGUAGAGAAUCAUUGACAGAGACCCCAGAAUCAUCACCCAAGCCAACAUCACCUUUCCCACGGGUAACCAAAGAGGAUCUUAAAUCAGCUGCUAGUUAUACAGCAGAACAAGUAGAGAAAACUGCUGCUGCCUUCUCAACUAUCGAACAACAAGAAACUUCCAGCGUCAGCUCUUUGAUUAAACAACUCUCUGGCGAAGUGUUGCCCGAAUUGCAUGAAGUCAGGGGUAUAGAGAAAACUGCCGCCUUAAGUGGCAGCACAGAGAAGAUUAUCACUACCACCAUAACAACUGUUACGAAAGUAAUCUCCACCGAUGGCAAGGAGAUUGUGACUGAAGAAAAGACAAUCACAACCACAGACUCAACAGAUCCCGAAGGCGAAAAGGUAACAGUGACAACCACACGCACCACCAGCGAAAGCGAUAAAAGUGAUGUUAUGCUGCCCAAAGAAGUUGCUAUGUUACGCAGCAUGUACCGCUCCUCAACUCCUGGUAGUGAUGAUGGUGUGGCAUAUCUCAGUGACGACGAGAUACCAGCCUCACCCAGAAGUAUCACUUCUUCUCAUGGUGCCAGCUACGAUUUGCAACGAUCCGGCUCAGGUGUUAGUAAGAAAUCUGACUUUGAUUUGGACGAAAGUCAAGAUGAUAUACCUCCACAAUAUGGCAGCGAGGAACUUUCAGCAGCCCGCUCCAUAACAACCACAGGUUUUGUACACAAAAUCGCUGAUCCCAUGAGCACUUCUUUCUAUGGAGCACUGCCAGAUACAUUUGAAACCAAAACCUCACAACCAAUCAAUAUACAAGGUACAACUACACAUCUACAAACCUUUACGGAAUCACCCAUAUCGCAGUCAUCCGGUUCGAUAGAAAGCACCACUACACUUCCACAUAAGUUCUUAGAAGAGGCUGAUAUGGGCUUCGAACAGGCCCUUAAAGAACAUGUGCAAUUAAGAGGAGCCGACGUUAUGUCCUCGGUCACAGCUAAAUAUUCCUACUCACCAUCCAAAGCCGAAGAAGUCGAACAGACAGUUGCCAGUGCUGAGAAACCCAAAUUCCCCUUGGGAAGUGUACAAAAAUCACGUUUCACUGAGGGAGUUAGUGAAAAAGAAGGAGCCACUAUUGUUACAACUACUACCACCACUGUGACAACUACACAAGGCGAUGGUGCCAGUGCUAGCAGUAGAACAACAACGACUGAAACAUCAACCACUUCCUCAUCUGCUAGCGUAGAUGAUAAACUCAAAGAAUGGGGUAAACCUUUGGGUCUACCCUCACCUGCACCUAUGGCUGCCGAAAGUGAUGUACGCACCACACCCAAGAAGGAGCGCAGACUGGUGGCCACCAAGACAAGACUUAAUAACGAAAAGAACUUACGCAAACGUUCCGAAUCGCCCAACAAAGCUAAGAAGCCCUCACCCGUCUAUGUUGAUCUAACAUAUGUACCUCAUAAUGGCAACUCCUAUUACUCGCAUGUAGAAUUCUUCAAGAGAGUAAGAGCACGCUAUUAUGUUUUCUCAGGCACCGAGCCCAGCCGUCAAGUGUACGAUGCCUUACUGGAGGCAAAACAAACCUGGGAAGAUAAAGAAUUAGAGGUAACUAUCAUCCCUACCUACGACACUGACGUUUUAGGCUAUUGGGUAGCAGAAAAUGAAGAACUUUUAGCCAAAUAUCGCAUUGACUUGUCACCCUCGGCCUCACGCUGCACCAUCAAUUUACAAGAUCACGAAACCUCUUGCUCGGCUUAUCGUUUAGAAUUCUAGGCCACGGGGAUGUUCGUAGCAUUUUCGGAUAAUUAAGUUUCCCUAUAUUUAAUUUUUAGACUACAGAGUAAUGAAACUAACACAAGAAGAUGAUGAAAAAACAAACAAAACAUAAAAGAAACCAGUUAAAUGAAUCUUAUAUAAUUUUUGACAAUUCAACAAUACUCAGCAGAUGAUAACAACAAGCUUUAAGCUUUUCGAAAAAGCUAAAGAUACACUUAACAAAAGCUUUAAAGCUUUGUUAAAACAUUAAAGCAAGGCUUAA